AUGGGCCUCGGGGCCCGCGUCCCCCAAGUGUCGCCGGGGCCCCGCGAGCAGGCCCUGCGGCUCGCGGCGGCCCUGGGCGCCCUGUGCCUGCUGCUGCUGCUGCCGCGGCCGGGCCCGCCGCGGGGCCCGCGCAGCCCGGCGCCCCCCCGCGCGCUCGCCCCGGCCCCGGGCGCCGUCCCCGCCGGCGCCGCGCAAGGGAGACGUGGCCGCGCCGCGCCGCCGGCCGCGAGCGCCCCCGCCGCCGGCCCGGGCCCGGCCCCGGCGCGCCGCCGCCGCUACACGCUGACCCCCGCGCGGCUGCGCUGGGACCACUUCAACCUCACCUACAGGGUCCUCUCCUUCCCGCGGAACCUGCUCAGCCCCCGGGAGACGCGGCGCGGCCUGGCCGCCGCCUUCCGCAUGUGGAGCGAGGUGUCCCCCUUCAGCUUCCGCGAGGUGGCCCCGGAGCAGCCCAGCGACCUCCGCAUAGGCUUCUACGCGGCCAACCACACCGACUGCCUGGCGUCCGCGCGGCACCACUGCUUCGACGGGCCCACGGGCGAGCUGGCCCACGCCUUCUUCCCGCCGCACGGCGGCAUCCACUUCGACGACAGCGAGCACUGGGUGCUGGGCCCCACGCGCUACAGCUGGACGAAGGGCGUGUGGCUCACGGACCUGGUGCACGUGGCGGCGCACGAGAUCGGCCACGCGCUGGGCCUGAUGCACUCGCAGCACGGCCGCGCGCUCAUGCACCUCAACGCCACGCUGCGCGGCUGGAAGGCGCUGUCGCAGGACGAGCUGUGGGGGCUGCACCGGCUCUACGGCUGCCUGGACCGGCUGUUCGUGUGCGCGUCCUGGGCCCGGAGGGGCUUCUGCCGCGGCCGCCAGCGGCUCAUGAAGCGGCUCUGCCCCAGCAGCUGCGACUUCUGCUACGAGUUCCCCUUCCCCACCGCGGCCCCCACGCUGCCGCCUCCCAGGACCAAAACCAGGCUGGUCUCCGAGGGCAGGAACGUGACCUUCCGCUGCGGCCAGAAGAUCCUGCACAAGGAAGGCAAAGUGCACUGGUACAAGACCAGGAGCCCCUGGAGUUCUCGUACCCCGGCUACCUGGCGCUGGGCGAGGCGCACCUGAGCGUCGUCGCCAACGCGGUCAACGAGGGCACCUACACGUGCGUGGUGCGCCGGCGGCGCGCGUGCUGUCCACCUACUCCUGGCGCCUGCGCGUGCGCAGCUGAGCCCGGCCAUAAAGCGCUUUCUGUC